AUGAUCCUUGUCUUUGUACUAAGCAUUGGGUCUUUCAUAAUCUAUUUCAUCUACUCUUCUGACCCUGUGACAAGCUGUUCUUCAUACCAAGACAAAACCAUCCCUAUUGAUUUGGCUUUCAAUGCUUCUUUCAGUUUCUAGUUUGGGUUGAGAUUUUUGGCAGCUGAUGACAAGAUCAAGUUCUGGUUGGAGAUGAAUUCAAUUGCAGACAUCCUCACCAUUCUACCAACCUUUAUUUCUUAUUAUCUGAAGAGUAAUUGGCUAGGUCUAAGGUUCCUAAGGGCUUUGCGGCUUCUAGAACUCCCUCAAAUCUUACAAAUUCUACAAGCCAUCAGGACCAGCAAUUCCGUGAAGUUUUCCAAACUGUUAGCCAUAAUUCUUAGUACCUUGUUCACUGCUGCAGGAUUCAUUCACCUGGUGGAAAAUUCUGGUGAUCCCUGGCUCAAAGGUAGAAAUUCACGGAAUAUAACAUAUUUUGAGUCCAUUUACCUGGUCAUGGCAACAGUGUCAACUAUUGACUUUGAAGAUGUGGUGGCCAAGACAUGCCUAGGAUGGACCUUCAUCAUUUUCUUCACCCUGGGGAGUUUGAUACUGUUUGCAAACUAUGUCUUUGAAAUGGUGGGACUUUUUGCCAACAAGAGAAAAUACACCAGUUCCUAUAGAGUGGUCAAACGGAAGAAGUUCAUCGUGGUGUAUGGGAACAUCACUGUUGACAGUGUGACUACCUUCCUGAGGAAUUUUCUCCACCACAAGUCAGGGGAAAUCAACACCGAGAUUGUUUUCCUGGGAGAGGUUCCUCCUUCUUUGGAAUUGGAAACCAUAUUUAAAUGCUACAUGGCCUAUACAACUUUUAUUUCUGGAUCUGCACUGAAAUGGGAGGAUCUGAGGCAAGUUGCAGUGGACUCUGCAGAAGCAUGCUUUAUCAUAGCCAACCCUUUGUGUAGUGAUCCACAUGCUGAAGAUACUUCAAACAGUGUGCUCUCUAUCAAGAACUAUUACCCUCAGACCAGAGUCAUCAUACUGAUACUUCAGUCCCAUAACAAGGUUUUCCUACCAAAGAUUCCCAGCUGGAACUGGAAUGCUGAAGACAACAUUAUCUGCUUUGCUGAAUUAAAGCUCGGAUUUAUCACCCAAGGCUGUUUGGUGCCAGGCUUGUGCACCUUUCUGACAUCUCUAUUUGUUGAACAAAACCAAAAGGUUCGUCCUAAAAAGCCCUGGCAAAAAUAUUUCUGUAACAGCCUGAAGAACAAAAUCCUGAUUCAGCAUCUCUCCGAUGACUUUGCUGGAAUGAGUUUUCCUGAAGUUUCCCAUGGUCUAAUAUUAAAUCCACCUGCAGAAGUUAGGCUGCAUAAGAAUACAUCAGGGUUCUUUAUCGCCAAAUCUAUCAAGGAUGUCAAAAGAGCCACCUUUUACUGUGCCACCUGUCACAGUGAUGUGUACACUCCUGAGCUUAUUGGAAAAUGUAGUUGCAAAAGCAAGAAUCAUCAACAUAUCACAGAUAUAACACCGAUUAAAAAGAAGAGCAGCCAGAAGGAAUUCUCCUCUGCCACACCAAGGGGUUCUUUUCCAAGGGAGCAGUAAAAAAUGACGAGCAGCUUGAGCAUUGCCACCAGGACUUUUCUGUAUGAAACGGAAGACAAUUCUGACCAGCUUGACAGCAGUGGCAUGUUUCACUGGUGCAAAGCAAUCCCUUUGGACAGGGUGAUUCUGAAACGAACUGACGAGACAAAAUACAAAUUUUGAAACCACGUGGUAACAUGUGUCUUCAGAGAGGCCCACUCAACGCUAAUGGAGCUUCAGAAUUUUGUAAUGCCCUUGAGAACUAGCAACCAUACCCAGCAGGAGCUGAAGAACAUUGUGUUCACUAGCUCUCUAGAUUACCUGCAGAGAGAAUGGCUCUUUCUCCAGAAUUUUCCCCAGAUAUACAUUCUGCCUGGGUCUGCACUCUUUCUUGGGGACCUCUGUGCAGUCAGCCUAGAGGAAUGUUCCAUGUGUGCUGUCAUAUCCUCGCCAUCCAUGUCAUCGAGCAGCCAGACUUUGGUGGACACAGAGGCCAUCAUGGCCACCCUCAACGUCGGAUCACUGCAGAUUAGCUGCUCUGCCCAGACAGAGCCAGAGGGGCUAUCACAGCACUCCAGUAAAUGUCCUGGGAAAUUAAAAUACCAAAGAGUCCCCAUCCUCACUGAACUGAGAAAUCCUUACAGCAUCCACUUCAUUGAACAGCUUAGUGGGAUGGAAGAUCACGUCUCAGUAACAAGCCUGCACCUCAGCACUGCCUUUUCCACAGGCGCUAUCUUUUCUGGCAGCUUCUUGGACUCCCUCCUGGCCACAGCCUUCCACAGUUAUCACGUUCUGGAAUUACUUCAGAUGCUGGUAACAGGAGGGAUAAGUUCUCAGCUAGAACAACAUUUGGAUAAGGAUUUCUUCUGGCUGACCGAAAGCUGCGCUUCAGUUUUGUCUGGAAGAAUGAGGUGUAAGCUGGGGCUUCUGUCCUUAAACCAAAUGGUUUUAUCAGACAUUCAACGGUCCCUGCCUGCUGCCGCGGGUCGCACCGUUGGUCCCCCCCGCGAGGCGGCGCCCCUGCGGCCGCUUCCAGCCCCUCUCAAGUCUCUGCUGUGCCUUCCCGCCUCGUCCCGACCUGCUGCUUUGGAGGCAGCCUCUGGUGUCCUCCUGGCUGGGGGAAGAAGACCAGUAGCCUUACACUGUAAACUUGGUGAAAGCAAGUUGUAG